AUGUCGCCGUGUUUCGCCGGCUCCAAGCGCCCUCUCGAGAUGGUCCUUUACGACCCUGCCGCCGCCGCCGCGUCCCAGCAGCGCGCCAACAAGCGGGCGCGGCAGGACGAGGAGUCCGCCGCCAAGGCGGCGUCGGCGUCGGCGUCAGGUGCGAUGGUUCCGCACGCGGGGACCAUCCUUGACGUCGCACCCAUCAACACCCUCCCGCCCCUGCUACGGCUGCCGGUGCCGGCCGCUGGCAGAGAAGAGCCGCCGUGCCUGCGCAGGCAUUUCCUCGUGGCGCUGGGGCUCCGCGCCGACCUGCCCGUGCACUUCAUCGACGACAAGUACGUGACGAGCACCGACCUGGACUCGCACCAGAACCGGUUCCGAAUCCCGAGCAACGGUGUCGAACGCCGCCUUCGCCCGCUCCUGAACCCCCAGGAGCUCGACGCCGCCAGCCUCCUCCACGACCCAUGCCCGGUGCCGAGGACGAAGCGGCCGAGGCUGGAGCUGCAGCUUGCUGGACCACCACCAGAGCCGCAGAAUAAUGGCGCCGCUGAGGGUCAGGGGGAGCAGCUGCCGCCAGGCAGGAAGAUCAAGAAACCCAAGAAGAAGGGGAAGGUGCACGGCGGGCUGCGCGUGAAGCUGGUGAGCCUCGCCGCCGGCGCCAAGGAGCUGCAGAUGUCGCGGUGGGAGAGCAGCCGCGGCACGAUCGUCAAGGGGGAAGGGUACCUCGACUUCAUCCGGGGGUGCGGCUUCAGGGAGACGGACGCCGUCGAGAUCUGGGCCUUCGUGCAGCGGCGGUUCCACCUCUUCGGCGCGGACGUGUGCGACGACAGCCACCUGCACCUACUCCUCGUCAAGAAGCAGGAGGUGCCUCGGUGCUGCUACUGCCCUGCGCCUGUGCAUGUGCCCCCUCCAGCGGCCCUCCCAGUCCCAUGA